AUGGAUGGUAGACAGGCAGAAUAUCCGCAGUCAGGUUUGCAAUCACCAUACGCGCCGUACAACGGACACGAGUCUGAAGGAUCCCCGUUAGAUCAAUCUGCUGUGCAAUAUCAGCACGGCCAGGACUACAAGUCGAGCAACUUCUCCUCCUCCGCGACGCCAGAGUCCAACUACGGCCUGCCGCAGUCGGCAAGAUCGGGCUCGUUUCCAGAAUACGUCCAACAGCCUCGAUCGUAUCCCGAAAGCCAGCAACCAAACCGCUACCCUGCCGGCGCGCCGAGCAAUAUGGCGCAAACGUCAAAUCCCUCGAUUGCUCAAUCGAGCCCGUCCUACCCAUCUUCGCACGGAUACUCGCCAUAUCCUCCUCAACAUGAGAUGCACCAAUAUCCCGGCCAGCCUAUGACACCCUACGGCCGACCUGAGUGGGCAGGUGGAUACCAGCAGUCCCCGAUGUACGGCCACUCUCCUGCAACCAGCGCCGGAGGUACUCCAGGCAUGGCGUCGCACGCGAUCGCCCGGCCGCCGACCGGAGGACAUCCGCUCUCGACAGUGUACAGUUUCGUACCAAUCCCCGGCGCCCAGCAGCACAAGAGACCCCGCAGACGCUACGAGGAAAUCGAGCGUAUGUACAAGUGUGGUUGGAAUGGCUGUGAGAAGGCGUACGGCACACUCAAUCACUUGAACGCGCACGUCACGAUGCAGUCUCACGGAUCGAAAAGAACUCCCGAAGAGUUCAAAGAGAUCAGGAAAGAGUGGAAGGCCAAGAAGAAGGAGGAGGAAAACCAGCGAAAAGCUGAAGAGGAGCGUCACCGCCAAGAAGCCGUGCGCUCGGGUCAGGACGCGUCGCAGCCUCAAGGGCAGCCCGGUUAUGGCCAGCAACAGAUGAUGCCUCCACACAUGUCCGGUGGUCCUCAGCUUCCUCCUAUUGGAUACCAGCCUGCUGCAGGUUCAGCACCUGGCUCGUACGCUCCGUCUCAACAAGUCGACAGCGCUCACAUGUACGGUGGCCAAGGCUACCCACAGAGUCCUUAUGGACAGAGCGGCCUGCCGUACCAACAGCGCUCUUAG